AUGAGCACUGGAAUUGAUUUUAAAGAUCCCUUGGGAGUUUUGCCGUUUGAGCUUUGGGAGGUGAUUGUUGUCUAUUCAAGCUCGGUAGAUUACGCGUCGGCUCAGAAACUAUCGCUGCUUAGCAGGAAUUGGAGGCUGAUGCUGCUCGAAAUGCAUCAGCCCUGGGAUAGUGUCGUAGUCAACAGAAUACACAAGCCUAGCUCACCCUCUCAAUCAUUUCUCGAUUGGCUCACUUUGAUACAUUCUAGGGCCAAGACUGGCAUCAAACGCGUUGAAUGGAUUACAAACGACUCCGAAGAGAGCAUGACAGGAUAUUUAGAUGUCAUACAUGGUGGAAGUGGCUCAUUGUACUCCAUCUCACUCAAAGGUUACGACAGUGCGAUGAAGAGUCGCGGCUUCAAGUUCAGACCACCACCAACUACAAGCCUUGAUGUGUUUGUUGAAACACCCAGCAAAUCGGACUACUUUGACCCGGAUGAGGUUAUUUUACGCCACACAACAGGUCUUCAAAAUUUGCAUCUUGUCAACACAUUCCCAAAUUUACUGCCAAUAUCUUGCAGUCUCAAAACCCUUUCUAUGCACUUUACAAAGACAUUUUUGGAUAUCGGAGCAGUGCAAAACUUUAUUGCAGACCAUAAAGAGCUUGAAUAUCUUAGUAUCAAAAACCUCAAGCAAGACAUUCCUGCGAAUAGGCUUAUAUCUCUACCAAGACUGAAGUAUCUAGAGCUUAUCAAUGCAGGAACACUCAAGGAUGCUAUCAUUGCAACAGAAACACAAGUAGUCAAAAUAGAAGACUAA